UCAUUGUGUUAUUGUUCGAUCUUUCUGUACGCCAGCUAUUCUGAAUGUGCCGUCUCGUCAUCUACAAGGGCUGCCCUGUUCAGCUUUCCCAUCUCUUGACACGACCUUGUCACUCCAUCAUCAACCAGGCUUUUGACUCCAGACUUCGCGUCGAUCUUCGAAGGCCUAUCAAUGGAGACGGCUUUGGUGUGGGUUGGUAUGAUACCGUUUACGAGGAAGAACUUGGUAGCCAACCGUGUAUCUUCACCUCCGUAACUCCUGCGUGGAAUAAUGCCAACUUGACACGUCUUGCAGAGAAGAUCAAGUCCCCUUUGGUCUUCGCACACGUUCGAGCUACAACCGCGGGGUCAUUAUCUCUGGACAACUGCCAUCCCUUUGUGCAUGGCAAGCUCAUGUGGAUGCAUAAUGGCAGCAUCGAGGGCUUCCCCAAGAUUAAAAGGCGACUCCAGCAGUUCCUUUCGGAUGAGGUCUUCAACGUCGUAAAAGGCAACACCGAUUCAGAGUGGUCUUUCGCGCUCUUCCUUUCCAAGUUGCCCGAUCCAAAUGCCGAGUCUUUCACGCACCAGACUCUCCGAAAAGCAAUGCUUGAGACGAUCGCUACUCUGAACCGUCUAGGGGAGGAGGCUGGCAUUACUCAGCCUAGUCUCAUGAACUUCUGCAUCACGGACGGUGAAAGUGUUGUCGCUACUCGCUAUGUCUCAUCACGGGAGGAUGAAGCUGCUUCUCUGUGGUUCUCUUCCGGUACUGCCUUCAGCGAGUACGCAGAAGGUGGUCAUUAUAAAAUGUCGAAAGCUGACAAGCGGGAGAACAUCAUCAUGAUUGCCAGCGAACCGCUAACGUUUGAGAAAGCUGAUUGGAUGGAAAUCAAGACCAACUACAUGAUCGUGAUUACUCCUAAAAUGAACGUCCUCCAAUUUCCCAUCAUAGACAAGUACUACGUUCCGCCAUCCAACCCGGCAUUCCUUGCAAGAGGGACAGACCUCGCUGCUGCUAAAGGUCUUCUCGUUCCUACUAGUCGAACUGCGAACAUCGACGGGGCCUCGGACACUUCAGAUUCUUCCAGUUGAUCAUGUUACUGGGCUGCCCCUUCUCUGUUAUUUCCGUGGAUUUCGCUCUUGUUGUCUGUACAUCAUGUUUAAGUUAUCAGCGUGUCUUGUCAGCUAUACCAUAGUACUUUGUGUAUUUAAUCUACUUGCGGUUGCCAUGCUAUGGACGCAGAACACUACUAUCAUAAUUCGC